CCCGGAUGUGCGUGGUGGCGGCGGCCGAAGAGCUAGAGUGCGAGCUGAGAGGCCUAUGGAUGAGGAGGACGCGGCGGCCCCGGUUUGUUCUCAUGAACAAGAUGGAUGACCUCAAUCUGCACUACCGGUUUCUGAACUGGCGCCGGCGGAUCCGAGAGAUUCGGGAGGUCCGGGCUUUCCGGUAUCAGGAGAGGUUCAAGCACAUUCUCGUAGAUGGAGACACUCUGAGUUACCAUGGAAACUCUGGAGAAGUUGGCUGCUAUGUUGCUUCUCGACCCCUGACCAAGGACAGCAAUUAUUUUGAGGUGUCUAUUGUGGACAGUGGUGUCCGAGGCACCAUUGCUGUGGGGCUGGUCCCUCAGUACUACAGUUUGGAUCACCAGCCUGGCUGGUUGCCUGACUCUGUAGCCUACCAUGCUGAUGAUGGCAAGCUGUACAAUGGCCGAGCCAAGGGCCGCCAGUUUGGAUCAAAGUGCAACUCUGGGGACCGGAUUGGCUGCGGUAUUGAGCCGGUGUCCUUUGAUGUUCAGACUGCUCAGAUCUUCUUCACCAAAAAUGGAAAGCGGGUGGGCUCCACCAUCAUGCCCAUGUCCCCAGACGGGCUGUUCCCAGCAGUGGGCAUGCACUCCCUGGGUGAGGAGGUACGGCUGCACCUCAACGCUGAGCUGGGCCGUGAGGACGACAGUGUCAUGAUGGUGGACAGUUAUGAGGACGAAUGGGGACGGCUGCAUGAUGUUAGAGUCUGUGGAACUCUGCUGGAGUACUUGGGCAAGGGCAAGAGCAUUGUUGACGUAGGGCUGGCCCAGGCCCGGCACCCCCUGAGCACGCGUAGCCACUACUUCGAGGUGGAGAUCGUAGACCCUGGAGAGAAAUGCUACAUCGCCCUGGGGCUGGCCCGGAAGGAUUAUCCCAAGAACAGGCACCCUGGCUGGAGCAGAGGGUCUGUGGCUUACCAUGCAGAUGAUGGGAAGAUCUUCCAUGGCAGUGGUGUGGGAGACCCCUUUGGGCCACGCUGUUACAAAGGCGACAUUAUGGGCUGUGGAAUCAUGUUCCCCCGGGACUACAUUCUGGACAGUGAGGGUGACAGUGAUGACAGUUGUGACACAGUGAUCCUGUCCCCAACUGCCCGAGCUGUCCGGAAUGUCCGGAAUGUUAUGUACCUGCACCAGGAAGGGGAAGAAGAAGAGGAGGAAGAGGAAGAAGAAGAAGAAGAUGGAGAAGAGAUCGAGCAAGAGCAUGAGGGCAAGAAAGUGGUGGUUUUCUUUACUCGGAAUGGCAAGAUCAUCGGGAAGAAGGAUGCCGUUGUUCCCUCGGGGGGCUUCUUUCCCACCAUCGGAAUGCUGAGCUGUGGGGAGAAAGUCAAAGUGGACCUGCACCCCUUGAGUGGCUAGGGACUUCUGAACACCGGCUUCUUCUCCCUCUCCUGCCCCUUUACAGGACCAGGUACGCAGUUCCUGACUUCCCUGAGGAUUUGUUUACCUGGCUGGUCCCAAGGGUAUACAGUCACUGUGCCCCUACCAGAUCAGGCCCCUGCCGAGCCUUUCUGUGCCCAUGUUUCUGACCUGGUGCUGCUCUUAUCAUCGGUCCCUGGGUCUUGGUUCCUUGUUGGACAGGAGCAGGUGCAAAGAAUAGUGUUACAUCAGUGGGUCCUGCUUGCUUUGGCCAGUGGGCUCCACAUCCCCCUUUCCCCACUGGCCCUAGUGAGUGGAGAGAAAUGAGCACUCUGUCUCAGCUGCUGUUUGGGCCUGAGGCUUUGCAGAGGGUGGAACAGAAACAGCCCCCUCCCCAUUUUACCACAGUAUUUCUCCUUGCAUUUUCUCUUUUCUGUUCCCUGUCCUCAUCGUGUGAACCAGUUGCUGCUGUCAUCCCCCCUGGCUGGGCUAGGGGGGCUGUGUUGGGCCCUCUCUUCUUCCACUGACUGCUGUCCCAAGAAGACGGCUCUAGGGUCUCUGUUCUUCCUCCCGACAGCCGGCUUUCUCCCUCACUGCCUGUUUAGGCACCAGAGUUCCACGGAGAAUGAGUCUUCAGUUCCCCCAGCUGGACACACAAAUGGGUGCCCAUUACUUGUUUAAUGGCAUAGAGAGGGGCUGUCACGUGGGGACCAGAGACAGAGGUCUUCGUUCCUAUCACCCCUUUGUCAUCCUUGGUCUACCAGUGGCACCCUUGUGUCUAGUUCCCUGGGGUGCAGGCUGAGGCUCCAGAGCAUGAUUCUCCUGUGGUAGAGAGGGCAAGACCCCAGAGCCCUCACUGAGUAACCCGGAGGGCAGCUGGGCCCCUCAUUCCCCUUUCUGACCCUGCUUGCUGCCUGUGCCAGUUGCCCAUUUUGCUUCAGUGUUUGAUUCUAGCGCCUACACGUGUCUUUCCCCACCAAGCCCUCUUGUCUCCUACCCCUUUGACCUCUGACGCCCCUCCCCAUACCGUGACUUCUCUGGGGAAACGGGAGCAGGAACUGUUGGCCUUGGUUUGCACAGAGUGGGCAGGGCUUUGGGGAAAGGAAAGGUAGCUGUUGUGCUGCUGGGGCCUCCCCUUGGGCCCUCCUGUAAGGCCCUGCACUAUGAUGUAUGAAUUGUAUGUACAGACAGAGAUGUUUAUACAGCCAAUAAAGAUGGAGUUUCCAUAUUUAUCAGCAUGGCCAGGACACAGGGGUCCUUUCCCGUACAUAGGACUGGGGCCAGGGCUGGAGCUGGGGGUGGCUGAGGGCAGAUUGCUCACUGGGACAUGUGGAUCAAUGUGAGGCCAAGGAUGGGGAC